AUGGCUGAUUACACCGAGCAGACUCUCUGCGAGCAUGAAGCAGAUCGUCAAACUCGAGAGGUCUAUCGGUAUUUCCAACCUUCAAAUCCAGCGGCGCUAAAUGCAGUAUGGCCUCCUGGCGACCAUUUAGCCACUACAGACGAUGCGUCGACCGCUACGAAUUCUGUUGUUCUGGAUGACGAGGUUUCUGAGACGAUCUCGAAUGAAUCCGACCCCCUGUACAGCCCGAAUACGACUUUAACGUCUCUUGCGCAGCUGGCAGCUCUACAUCUGAAUGCACAGCGUGCCUUGAUCACAAUAUUGAAUCGCGACUCUCAGUUCAUAUUGGCAGAAGCUACAAGAGCAACAAAGGUGGGAAGCUCGAAAUCACCCACUGAAAAGGGAGAAAAACUCUUCGCUGGAACAUCCACAUUGGCAAACUCUUGGAAUAUUUGUCAGGAAACAGUCAAAACUCAGUCGGAUGAACAGCAAGAUGGAACAUAUCCCUUUUUGAUUGUCAACGAUCUUGGAAAGGAAGAUCGCUACCGACAAUUGCCCUUCGUAGAAGGCGAGCCACAUUCUCGUUUUUAUGCCGGAACGCCCCUAACGAGCGACAGCAACAUCAAUUUGGGAUGCUUGUUUGUGUUGGAUCCUGAGCCCCGUGAAGGGUUGUCCGAUACUGAGAAGGAUACACUCGGGACAGUGGCAGCGAUGGUUAUGGACUACUUACAGGUCAGCCGCCAGGCCAUUGACGGACGCCGCGCCUCGCGGCUAUCGCAGGGCCUCCGUCUUUUCGUGGACGGCAAUUCGAGCUUCGCCGAUAAUGUUCCCAUUCCUCGUGCGCACAGCUCAAGCCAUAGUCCGUCCUCGCGGGCAUCGCCUUAUUGUAGGGCGAGUCGAUCUACAAGCUCUCGGAAUAGCAGUUUGAAAUUCCGCUCAGCACAGUUUGAGAAUGAUGAUGUGCCAGUCCAAGAUGGAAAUUCUCGAUCUUUGAGCCCGGGCUCUACCAAUGAAUUUGACAUAGGCAUUUCAGCUAGCUCAGCGCCAUCAUCACAUGGCUCGCGACGAGGCGACAACAAUUCGACUGUCUCAAGCAACUCCGAAUGGCUUUUUCAGCGAGCUGCGAACCUCUUACGGCAAAGCCUAGACUUGGCCGAUUCUGGCGGUGUGGUGUUUUUGGAGACUGGCGAUGACUCGUCAGAGAAGAUCGACGGCAGCCAUUGUUCUCCUGCUGAUUCCAAGUCUUCUGCGCCUGUUCUUGCGCUGUCCACCAGAGAUGAUCCAUUCGCAUACCAGGCGGGAUCUGAGGCAUCAUACCCAGCCGCCAAAUUGGACAAUGUCUUUCUAAAUCAAUUAUCUCGUCGCUAUCCCAAAGGUAGACUCUGGUCAUUUCACCGUGAUGGGACAUUGUCCACUUCGGAUGAAGAGCAAUCUAUCGGCGCCUCUCGGAAACGGAAUAAAAGAUCCGGGGCCUCAGAAGCCAGCAAACUGAGUGCCUACUUCCCUGACGCAUGUCAGGUCAUGUUUGUUCCACUAUGGAAUGCCACCAAUCUGCAGUGGUUUGCAGGGUGUUUCUCUUGGACUCCUCAGCCGACGCAAGUUUUCAGUCGGGCUGUCGACCUAAGCUCAAUUUUUUGGGGAGGCACUCACUUGGACGAGUUCCAGGAGUCUCUCCUCGAGACGGUGAAUGCAUGCGGUCGAACUCUCUUGGAUACGAUGAACCAAGUAUUGGAUUUUAGCAAAAUCUUGUCAUUGGAAAGGCAGAGGAAGAGGUCUAAGCACAGAAAAGACCCAUGGAAACCAAAAGCUCCAGACGAAUAUCCAGUGCGGCUGGAUCCACUCGUGCUAACAGACAUUGCCACCUUAACAGAGGAUGUUGUGGAUAGCGUGUGUUUGGGGCACUCCCAUAUCCAGAGGACAGCCACGUUAACCAACCAUCUCACUGGCGUUUUACCAAUUUCAUCUCCCACGCCAGCCACAGAGAGUAACAAAGUUGACUCCAAUCCAGACGUGGAGGUUAUCGUCGAUAUUGGUGACAACGACUGGCUUUACAAAGUCCAGCCCGGCUCGCUGAGGCGCUUAAUCAUGAACCUUCUUGGAAAUGCCCUGAAGUAUACCCAAAAGGGUCUAAUCUCUGUCUCCAUUCAGGCAACUGAGAAUUCAAAGGGUCGUUCUCGACGUCAGGGCCUUGAGGACAUGGUAACCUUGACUAUUUCGGACACGGGUAAAGGCAUUUCAAAUGAAUACCUUCGGACACGUCUUUAUACUCCAUUCGCACAAGAGGACCCAUUGUCGGUAGGUACUGGCCUCGGUCUGUCAAUUGUUCGCGGCAUUGUGGGAACACUCAAUGGAAAUAUCAAAAUCCAAAGCGAAGUAGGUGAAGGCACCAUUGUCAAGGUAUCAAUUCCCCUCGAGCGUCCAGUGGGAGAGAAUAUCCCGCCGUCAAAACUUCAUGUCAAAGGCUCGGAACAAAAGACACUUCCAGCAUCCUCCCAACUGCGUCAACUGGAUUUGACUGGGAAACGUGCUGCGAUAUGGGGGAUAGAUUCUUCCUGUCUUGGUGAGUAUCCAUUUUGGUCAUCGAUUGCUCGGUAUAUUACGGACUGGUAUGGCUUGAAGCUGGUGUCUUGGUCCGACAACGAGCAUAUUGAUGUUCUAUUUGCGAAAGAAAGCGAUUUGUAUAAAGAAGGGUUCCAACGUCUGCGCACAACAUUGCCACGCCUGCUUAUUUUUCGCAACGAUGCAGACAGCUCUAGUGAUACUAGGAUGCAAUGGUCACACCUUGCCGAUUCUUUGGCGAUUCUUCGUCGACCUUGCGGUCCACAAAAGCUCGCCAGAGGGAUUUUGAAUUGUCUUGAUUCGGAGCCGGCAUCUCCUACUCUGCGUUCACUUGCUCCUGGACCAGCAUUCGUGGUCCCAGAACGACCCAAGCUCUCGGGCUCAGCCCUACCAACUGGGAGGUCUACAUCGCCGUCAUCAAGAAAUCUUGAACCAACGGCUGCUGAGUCAUUUAAUCCUAUGCCAGGUUCCCGCACUUGCUUCAUGUAUUCUGCGGAACAUGAUGUUUUUGGACAGUCUCGAGAUACAGAAAGCCCUCGGCACAUCAUACCCGGAAGCGCAGCUUCCAGCACACAUACACCUUCAUAUACUCCGUCAUCCAGCGGCUCAGCCCUUGUUGGCUCCUCAUCUGGGACACAAAGCAGACCCCGAGUGUUGCUGGUGGAUGACAACGAUAUCAACCUUCGCCUUAUAGCGACUUUCAUGAAAAGACGGAAAGUCACGGAAGUAGAUACGGCACAGAAUGGCAGAGAAGCUGUCGAUUUCGCCGAAAGGAUGCUGACGGGGUACGACCUCAUUUUCAUGGACAUGUCUAUGCCAGUAAUGGAUGGGUUCGAAGCGACGCGUGCCAUACGUGCGAUUGAAAGAGAUCGAGAUGGCUGCGUUCCGGCCAAGAUCAUUGCUUUUACUGGACUCAGUAGCUUGCGCGACGAGUCUCAUGCUUUGGAAGCAGGAGUGGACUUGUUCCUGACGAAACCUGUUUCGCUCAAGGAAUUAUCACGGCUGAUCGACGAGUGGGAAAUUGGACUGUUAAAAUAA